GGUGUGGUAUAUCUAGCACGAACGCUAUCGAUUUGUCACAUGCCCACUAAGUUCACCACUCCCUCACGUAACAUACUCUGACACCAUGACACUAAUCUCAAAUGAUCCCAGUUGGUGGCCGCUCAUCAAUUUGACUCGGAUCAGCAGCUAUUUUGUAGUUGCUUCCUCUGCUGGGGUGAUGUACGAUUGGGCACUGUCAUUCGGACAAGAGGUCGAACUGGUCUGGAGGCAACGCUGGUCCCUCAUGACUGUUCUGUAUCUGAGUGUGCGCUAUGUUGGAAUAAUAUAUAUAGUUAUCAGCAUAAUGUUAAAUGUCCCGACAAUCCCGGUGACACCCGUAGUGAGCUACAUUAUGUAUGUCACACGAAAUUGGACGAAUGUCGCAGUAUUCGUGAUCCUGGGUGUUAUUAUGAUCACUCGGUUACAUGCCAUGUAUCAGGGAUCCAGAAUGAUGCUGAUAUUUCUCGUUGUUGUCUUCUUGGCUGUCAAGAUUGCCACCGUAGUGAUCACCGCAAUAUCAAUGAGUCAUAUUUCAGAGGACGUGUUAAUUCUCUCCGGCACCUAUCAGUGCACUGUGGACUUUCAGGGAUCAAAUGAUUCACUUCUGGUGAUCAUCACUUCAACACUCACUACUGCAUGGGAGGUCCUCGUACUGUGUCUCGCAGUUUGGAUUGCUGUAAAACACUUUCGUGAACUGCAACGGUCGUCGACAGGAUGGAUUAUUGAGGACUAUUUCAUGGUGUUGAUGAAAACUCACGUGAUUUACUUUGCAAGCUUCGUCGUUGUUUCUUGCCUUCACCUCAUUUAUUUGUCUCCGAUGCUCUCAGCGAACUUAGAUUCCCUGGAAAAUCAUAUCUCUGUUGGUGUUCUUCAAAUUUUUCUGUUUGUCCAGAUGUUCGUGCUGGGACCACGCCUGAUCCUUGGCGUUCGACAUUAUCACGCUGAACUCCUAGCCGGCUCGGAUGCGGGAACUGCCAUGACUUCAAUAUUUUUCCAGGAGCGUGUGCAUGUGUCGACUUGCAGUAGUGUGUAGCACGCGAAAUGUUCAUUCUCGCAACCAUCCCUUGGUGAUCGAACUGAGUAUCGGAAGUUUACAGGUAAGUGUUGGUCAUGUCUCUGCCUUCCAGCUUCAUCUGAAAGAUCGAGGUGCGUCUCGCGGGCAAGCAUUGUACAGUGCUUCCAGAAUCCAUGUUUUCUUUCUGCAUUACUAUAGAUUUGUCUUAUAUUGGUUCGCCUCGCCGGCCCAGUACAUGUUCAGUCUCUGACCUUCCUUGAACAACGCCCAUCGCAAAC